AAUUUUGCCAACAAUCUGUCUAUUCUGUUUAUGAAAGAGAAAUGGCAUCAAGAGCCCUAUCAAUUAUGCUCAUCUCCCUUGUCCUCUCUUGCGUCCCCAUAUGGCUUGAAGCAAAUGUUCCAACCAUAGAGGGUUAUAAGGACCACAUACGAACAUGUGGAUCCACCGAUGAAUGCGAAGGCAUAUGGUGUAAACAAGGAAGAUUAGGAGAGUGCUUAAAAUGGACUUGUGAUUUAGAUGAAGAUUGUAGGAAGCUUGUUCGUUGCGACAGAACUCCAGGACCUUAUUGUAUGGAAGGAAUGUGUACUUGUUAAGGGCUUUAAUGCUUGAUCUUCCGUUCCAACUUUUUUCUUUUUCCUUCAAUUCUUCUUCUUUGGUAAUAAUAAGAACAAAACAACAAUACAGUAUUUAACUUAGA